AUGGGGGUCAAUGAGUUUGAGACCGAGUGGGCCGAAGCAUUGGCUGAGUAUGGAUUGAAUGACACCUUGUGGGGGAACCAGGUGUACGGGAAGAGGGAGAUGUGGGCCAGCGCAUACUUGUGGAAUAAGUUUUGUGCCGGGUUCCGGACAACAUCGCGGUGUGAGGGCAUUAACAGCAUGGUGAAGAAGUUUCUUCAGUCAAAGCACACAAUGUUGGAACUUGUACAAAACCUUGAGCUUCUUCUUUGGGAGUUUAGGAAUAACGAGUUACUAUCUCAGUUCAGGUUGAUCUAUGGUGACCCUGUGUUGACGACCUCGUUGGACUCCUUGGAAUGGUUUGCCGCUAGAGUGUAUACCCGAACAGUUUUCAAUGAUGUGAAGAAGGAACUCGAAGCCGCUGCUUUUAUUAACUUUGUGGGGGGUCGGCAGUUGCUUACCACUAAAGUGUACACAGUAGAUGAAUUCGGGCAUCCCGGCCGACCUAUUGUGGUUUUAUGUGACAAGAAUAUGGGAAGGUUGCAGUGUGACUGUUACUUCUGGGACACACACCGGUACCCAUGUAAGCAUAUGUUCUUCGUCAUGAAGCACGAGCAUGUGAUGGAGGUCCAGAAGUGUUUGGUGUUGAAGCGAUGGACGAAAGAUGCAAAACAUGUUGGCGAGUAUGUGGAAAAAAAUAUGAUGAUGGUGACCGGGAGUUUUUGCUUCGUCAGGGGGCAUUGCAUUCUGCGUCUCAUUGGUUAUUUUUUCUUGGGGUACAACAAUUCGGUCUAUUCACGGAGGCGAUGA